CUAUACCCUUAAUGUACUUCAUGCCGACAAUGCCCGUAACCGAUGCAGGCGCACUAAAAUUUCACAGCUGAAACCCGAAUGCUACUCUCAUGCGAGCGUCUUCUCCAUAACCACCCUUACGAUUUCGUCUACUACAGCAAUUUGGCAACAAACCCAUGAUAGUGGAGAUAUGUCAUUACUGCUGCCGGACGGAAUCGGCAUACGGAUGAUGAGGUCUUCAGACAUGCCACAAGUUCGUGCACUCCAUAGCAAACUCCUCCCAAUCGCAUACCCUACCGCAUUCUUUGUGCAGCUGCUCGUACAGCCUCAGCACAUGUGCCUGAUAGCCACAUACGAUGGCAAAGUCGUAGCAUUCGCCUCUGCUACCAUAGAGACACGGCAUUCAAACCCAGGACCACUCGGUUCCAGUGGGGAUCAGGAUAUAACCACUGGAGAAGGCGCUCCGCGGGUUACCUUGUUGACGCUCGGGGUAUCGCCCGAAUUCCGACGACAAGGAAUUGCACGUAGACUCGUGCAUGAAAUCGUGCAGCGCCUACGAUCGUCUUGCGGAGCUCCUUAUCAUGAAUCACCUCCUGUUCCAUCGCUGUCAAAGAGCGAUUCUAAUGCGGUGAUUAUAUGCGCAGAGGUCGCGCGCAACAAUUCGUCUGGACAGUCUUUUUACUCCCACCUUGGGAUGCAAAGACAACUAGAAGUGGAUAAGCAGGGAGGGUUUGGUUCAAAGGCACACACGUGCAUGGUACUUGGGGUGAUGAGAACAGUUCCCGUUUCCUGAAGAUUGCAUCGUUGGAUUUUUGAGGAGGGGGAUGACGUUUCGCUGCAGAGACAAUAGUUACGAGGGUUAUCAAGGACGCGCUAGAAUAAGUUAGAAGCCAUAGUGAAUUUAUGUUUCUAUAAUGACAUCUAAAACUCACGAUGGACAUUUGUGUCUGCCUCUUGCUUCAGCUAGAAAGUCAACGUGAAGACAGCCUGUGAUCUGGGGCACAUGAGGUUACUUGCAGAUGGCAGUUAAUGAACCUUGGAGGCUGCCAGCGCGGGAGUACACCCACCUGAGGAUGGGGUCGGAGGGUCAGAUAUGUCGGAUAUCCUAGGAUCAAAUAGUCU